AUGGAACAAUCGAGGGUUCAGUACGGGAGGAAGGGCAUUAAUUUGGGGAACAUCAUUGGUGAUCCCUUCGCCCUGGCUACAGUCUCCAUUUCCAUGCUAGCAUGGAUAAUUGCUUUUAUUAGCUCCAUCAUCGCGACAACACAAGUCACAAAUAACUCCGGCUCAUUCCCACCCUUCGCAUGGUGGACCGUCGUCUACAUGUUCUUCCUUAUCGCAGGAGUCUUCGUCGUUGUGGCUUCAGACACUGCGCAAACUUAUCAUGUCGCCCUUACGGGCUACCUGGGUGCCGCUCUGUCCCUGAACUCACUGACUAUCCACUCCCUCAUCUACUCCUCCAACGGUGCUCGCCAGGCUGCUGGCGCUGGCUUCAUUCUCAUGGCCAUGGUUACCAUUGUCUGGAUCUUCUACUUCGGCUCCGCCCCGUCAGCGAAGCCGCGCGCUUACCUCGAUUCCUUCGCGCUGCAGAAGGAGUCUGGAAACCGACAGAUGAUGUACGGCGGUGGUCGGCCCGAAACCUCAACGUCGGUCCAGCCUCCCCAGAUGUACACUUCGGCGCAGCUCAAUGGCUUCGAGAACCCAUCCCCCGUUCAGGGCAUUCCCACUACACAAACCCGCAACUCCGGAGUGGCCCCGACAUUCAACGCGGCGCCACCUGCAGCGAAGCCUCCUGGUCUUGACCAAGAGGUGGUGCCCCCCACCGAAUACCCCUACCGCGCGAAGGCCAUCUAUAGUUACGAGGCCAACCCCGACGACGCGAACGAGAUCUCCUUCUCAAAGCACGAGAUUCUGGAGGUCAGUGACGUGAGUGGAAGGUGGUGGCAGGCACGCAAGGAGACGGGCGAGACGGGUAUUGCGCCGAGCAACUACCUGAUCCUGUUAUAA